AUGGCAGCCCGAAGAGUCCUGAGCGUCCUGACGGUGGCGAUGAUGGGGGUUGUCUCCCAAGCAGCGCCUCCCCACUUCAACGGCUCGCUGCCCUUCGUCAUCGAGCCUCGCGUGAACUUCGACGACACGUGUAGGUGUGGGCAGAAGGCCGCGUCCAGGAUCGUGGGCGGGACGACCACGGGCGUGAACGAGUGGCCGUGGCAAGCGGCGCUGAUGUACGGUUCGCAGCAGUUCUGCGGCGGAUCCCUGAUCAACGACCGAUACGUCCUGACCGCCGCCCAUUGCACCGAGAGCAUGAGAGCGUCUGACCUGACCAUCCGUCUGGCCGAACACAGGCUGAGCACUUCCUCAGAGACCAGUGUUGUGAGCAGGUCUGUGUCUCAGAUCAUCGAGCAUCCGAACUACCAGCCGGGUAACGAGAUUAACGACAUCGCUCUCGUUAAACUGUCAUCGCCAGUCAAGGUGAGCGAUACAGUGUUGCCAGUGUGCAUGCCGCCACCCAAGCCCACAUACGCCGGCAAGACAGCCACUGUCACAGGUUGGGGAACCACCAGCUCCGGAGGCUCGUCUUCAGACACUCUGAGGGAAGUCGACGUCACGGUGCUGUCGAACACCGCGUGUCAGUCCGGCAGUUACGGAAGCGCCAUUCAAGACACCAUGUUGUGCGCCGGAAGUACAGGCAAGGACUCGUGCCAGGGAGAUUCGGGCGGCCCUCUGGUGUUCAAGGACGGAGGCGGAAACUACGACCAGAUCGGCGUGGUGAGCUGGGGCGUUGGGUGCGGAGCUCGAGGCUACCCCGGCGUGUACACCCGCGUCAACAGCUACCUCGACUGGAUCAAGACCAACACAGCCGAUGGCAUUUACUGCAAAGGAAUGCUUCUCUAUUCAUGUAAACCCCAUACACAGGUGUUGACUGUGAAAAGACCUGUCGGUAUAUAUAAGACCGCCUUGCUGGAACAGGAAGCAGUAGCGAGCAUGGCAGCCCGAAGAGUCCUGAGCGUCCUGACGGUGGCGAUGAUGGGGGUUGUCUCCCAAGCAGCGCCUCCCCACUUCAACGGCUCGCUGCCCUUCGUCAUCGAGCCUCGCGUGAACUUCGACGACACGUGUAGGUGUGGGCAGAAGGCCGCGUCCAGGAUCGUGGGCGGGGUGACCACGGGCGUGAACGAGUGGCCGUGGCAAGCGGCGCUGAUGUACGGUUCGCAGCAGUUCUGCGGCGGAUCCCUGAUCAACGACCGAUACGUCCUGACCGCCGCCCAUUGCACCGAGAGCAUGAGAGCGUCUGACCUGACCAUCCGUCUGGCCGAACACAGGCUGAGCACUUCCUCAGAGACCAGUGUUGUUAGCAGGUCUGUGUCUGAGAUCAUCGAGCAUCCGAACUACCAGCCGGGUAACGAGAUUAACGACAUCGCUCUCGUUAAAUUGUCGUCGCCAGUCAAGGUGAGCGACACAGUGUUGCCAGUGUGCAUGCCGCCACCCAAGCCCACAUACGCCGGCAAGACAGCCACUGUCACAGGUUGGGGAACCACCAGCUCCGGAGGCUCGUCUUCAGACACUCUGAGGGAAGUCGACGUCACGGUGCUGUCCAACACCGCGUGUCAGUCCGGCAAUUACGGAAGCGCCAUUCAAGACACCAUGUUGUGCGCCGGAAGUGCAGGCAAGGACUCGUGCCAGGGAGACUCCGGCGGCCCUCUGGUGUUCAAGGACGGAGGCGGAAACUACGACCAGAUCGGCGUGGUGAGCUGGGGCGUUGGGUGCGGAGCUCGUGGCUACCCUGGCGUGUACACCCGCGUCAACAGCUACCUCGACUGGAUCAAGACCAACACAGCCGAUGGCGUUUACUGCAAAGGAAUGCUUCUCUAG